CGCAGCGCAUGUUUGUAUUGAACUUAAAAUUCGCUUUUCUCAAUCCAAUGCUCCUAGGCUUUAUCAGAUACAAAUGCAGAUUAUUAACUGCAAACAAUUGCAGUCCUCCAUUUGUGUUUAUUAUACUCAACUUAAAUCUCUAUGGGAUGAGUAUGAUUCAUAUGUUAUUUUGCCUACAUGUGAUUGUGGUGCCAUGCGACAAGUUAAGGAGAUACAUGAACAACAACGUUUGCUUGAAUUUUUAAUGGAGCUCAAUGAAAGCUACAGUGCUAUUCACAGCCAAAUUCUUCUUAUGGAGCCAACGCCUUCUAUUCCACGUGCUUAUUCUUUGCUUGUUCAAGAAGAGCGUCAACGAGAAGUCCAUGUUUCUCUCCCAUCUGAAAGUAUUUCUGCUGCAGCCAUUCAACGACAAAAUAAUGAUAGAGACCUUAAUGUUAAGUUUAAAGGCAAACCACGUAUGCAAUGUGAGCAUUGUGGAAGAAUGGGGCACACUAAAGCCCGCUGCUAUCACAUCCAUGGUUUUCCUAAGAGGAGCGUCUCUAAUUCUCAAAGCCAGCAGCCUAAGGACCGUCACUUGAAGAGGAUGAUUGGGCGGGGUAAAUUGGAGAAUGGCCUAUACGUUUUGGAGAUUGAGAAACCAGCCGCUGCACAUGUGAUGUCGGAUUCUUCCUUAUGGCACUACCGUCUUGGUCAUCCUUCAUUCUCUAGACUCAAAAAUUUAUUUAGUUUCUCUUGAUUUGUCUCAUGUUGAUGAACAUUGUUCAAUUUGUCGCCUUGCCAAACAAUCUCGAUUACCAUUUCCCAAUAGUUCAAUCUCUACUACCAGAUGUUUUCAAUUGAAUCAUUGUGAU